GUAGCGAGGAAGGCGGUGCUAAACUCCAGCAUCAUCAUCAUCAUCCUCUUCCUCUUCACCCUCAUCAUCACCUCAUCGCGCUGACUGAUGAUGAUGCUCACCUCUUUUUUCACCAUCUAAAAACGUGCAGUCAUCCACCAUGGAGUGCAUUUCACACCCGUUCGGACAUCUCUCCAUGGACUUUGAGCCCUUUUGUCUAACAGGAGAAUGAAGAAGAGGAGAAACAGGAAGCCUUGGGAGCACCGUGGACCGUUUCUGUAAAGUCUCCAUGAACGCAACAGAAGAGACACUGACUAAUUGAACCAAUGGCCAAGAAAGGGCGCGUGAAGGGCGAGAAGCCCGAAGCCCUCAUCUCUGCCCUGCAGGCAGCCAAUGAAGAUCUCAGGUCCAAGCUGACUGACAUUCAGAUUGAACUGCACCAAGAAAAAUGCAAGGUGAGCAAGCUGGAGCGAGACAAAGUACAGGAGGUGAAGCGGGUGCGCGAGCAGGAGCAACACCGCCACACCGCCAUGUUGACGGAGCAGCGGGCCAAGUGGCAUGAGGAAAAACAAAAAGAGCUCCAGGCCCUCCGGGAAAAUCUGACACGGCAGCAUGAGCAAGAGCUGGCCCGCCAUGCCAAAAUCAAAGACCAGGAGAACCAGAGGCUCAAGACUGCACUGAGCGCCAUACGGGAUGGCAGCGGCGAGAAGGUUCGCACGGCAUUGACUCUGGAAGCCAAGGAGGACGCUCGCCGCUUCUUCGAUCAGGAGAGGGUGAAGCUCCUCCAAGAGAUAGCCGAGCUGAAGGCGGCCAAGAAGCAAACGGACGAAGCCCUCAGCAACAUGAUCCAGGCAGACAAGAUGAAGGCCGGCGAUCUGCGGGUGGAGCACCAGCAGCACCAGGAACAGAUCUCCAAGAUCAAGUGGGACUGCGAACGGGACAUCCGGAGACUGGUCGAUGAAAUCAAAGCAAAAGAUCGCACCAUCUUCUCUCUGGAGAGGGAGAUGGAGUCAACCACGGGCUUCCUCCAAAAGCUGCAGCUUCAGAAGGAUGCGCUGGAUGAGCAGCUUUUCCUGGUCAAGGAGGCAGAGUGCGGCACAGGAAGUCCCAAGAGAGAGAUUCCGGGUCGUGUUGGAGAUGGCGCCGAGCACUGUGGUAGCCCUGAUCUACGGAGAAAUCAAAGGCGCAUGGCUGAGCUCAACUCAACGAUUCGCAAGUUGGAGGACAGAAACUCGCUGCUAGGAGAUGAGCGGAAUGAACUCCUGAAGCGUGUGCGAGAGUCGGAGAAGCAGUACAAGCCGCUGUUGGACAAGAACAAACUGCUGAGUAAGCGCAACGAUGACCUGAUGCUGACUAUCCAGAAGCUGGAGGAGAAAGCAAAAAAUCUAGCCAAGGAGAACCUUGAGAUGAGGGAAAAGAUCAGCUCCCAACCUCCACUAAAGAAACCGAAGUCCCUGAAUGACCUGGACCAAGCCCAGGAUGACCAGGAAAUAGCUUUUCUCAAACUUCAAGUCCUGGAGCAGCAAAGCAUGAUCGACGAGCUCGCACGAGACCGAGAGAAACUGCUUCGGAAGAAGAGACAUAAAAGGAGUUCCAGACCAAUCAAGAGGCACAUUGUCGUGGACACAUUCUUCGGCUACGAUGAAGAGUCAAUGGAUUCGGAAACAUCCUCGGUGGCUUCUUUCCGUACGGAUCGAACACCGGCUACUCCAGAUGAAGACCUGGAUGUGGGUCUAGCCAAUGAGGAGUCUGAGCUACGUUUCCGUCAGCUGACCAGGGAAUACCAAGCCUUACAGCGAGCCUACGCCCUGCUGCAGGAACAGAAGGGAGGAAUUCUUGAUGCUGAGAUGGAAGCCAAGGCUCAGGAGCAGCUCCAAGCAGACAUACUAAGGUACAAGGCCAAAAUUGAAGAUUUGGAGAAAGAGGUGACCAUGAAGGGUCAGGAUUCCAAAUGGGUGGAGGAGAAGCAACUAUUCCUGCGAAGAAAUCAAGAACUUUACGAGAAGGUGGAAAAACUGGACCAGGAGUGCUGUCGGGCUCAGGAGGAGCUCCAAGACUCCAGAGACCAGAAUGAACUGUUAGAGUUCAGGAUUCUGGAAUUAGAGGAGCGCGAGAGGAGGUCGCCUCCUUUCAACCACCUGAGGAUGCAUCCCUUCUCGGAGGGUGUCAGCGCACUGCAGAUCUACUGCAUGAAGGAAGGCGUCAAGGACGUGUGCAUACCUGAUUUGAUUAAACUUUUAGACAUCCUGGGAGACAACGGGAAUUUACGAAAUGAGGAACAAGUGGCCAUUAUUCAAGCUAGCACCGUUUUGUCAUUAGCCGAAAAGUGGAUACAACAGAUUGAAGGAACUGAGGCAGCACUACACCAGAAAAUGAUGGACUUGGAGAUAGAGAUGGAGAUGUUCUGUAAACAGAAAGGAUACCUGGAGGAGGAGCUGGACUAUCGAAAACAAGCCCUGGACCAGGCCUACAUGCAAAUCCAGGAGCUGGAGGCAACGUUAUACAACGCUUUGCAGCAGGACAAGGUGAUCAAAUACGGCGAGCCCUUAGACGAGCUGCAGCGCGAUGAGCUGCGAACGGCGGUGGAGAAACUGAGGAGGCAGAUGCUGAGGAAGAGUCGAGAGUACGACUGUCAGAUUCUGCAGGAAAGGAUGGAACUGCUGCACCAGGCUCACCAGAGAAUUCGAGAUCUUGAGAACAAGACAGAGAUCCAAAGGAGGCAAAUUAAAGACCUAGAGGAAAAGGUGGUACAUCUGGCCGGACAUCUCGUUCGUCACCGCUGUUGUGUUCUUUAUUUUUCAUCCGAGUGUGGUGGAGCAACACUGGCUGUUUGUGUGGUGACAGUAUACGAGUCUAUUGGAUGUUGGCCGUGGAAGCUCACUCUGUUUUUUUUUUUCUUUUUAAGCGGGGCUCUCAGGAUGUAGGACUGCAAGAACAAAAAACACACACGUGUAUAUGCAGUUGCACGUAGAUGCACGCCCGCCCGUGUUGCUUUGACAAAUCCAAAACCAAAGCCUGGGAAGAAAAUGAUGUCUCUGCCAUGCAGGGUAAUAGUAAUAUUAUUGUGUGUCAGCCAUUACUGUUUGGGGAAAAUGAAGAGGACAAAAAAAACACCCGCCCACAGCUGAUUGUCUCCUCUUUGAAACUUAAAAUGAUGGAAACGCAAGCAAGGGCCAUCAAAGGUGUGUAGACACUGGAAGCCACUCAGGUUGGGAGACUCAAAUCAAGAAGAACACUGGAGACCUCAAAGUGACUGGAUUGUCAAAACUCGUCUGCGGAUUUUCUCCAAAGGUUAGCAGAUGAAGAAAGAUCUUUACUCUGGUUUUAUGGGUUUCCCUUUUUUAACAGCUCCCCAGCCCUCGAUUCAUACACGUUUGCUGUUCAUAUGUACAUUGAAGCAAUGUCUUUCAUAAUUUAUUGUGACAGUUGCUGGUAUGAUUUUGACAUAACAGAAAAGAAGUUGAAAGUGGACCCCCCCCCCCUUUUUAAUCCUUUCCCAAUGUAGUUGCUCUUGCUGACCAGGCGAGGGCAGACUUGUUUUGCAUCCCUUUUUAAAGUUUGAAUGAUCAGGCUUGUAAAUAUUGUCAAACCUUUAAAAAAAAAUCUAUAUACCAAUACUGAUUGAUCUCAACCGUUUGAAAAAUUGAGAAUCUUUAUUAGCAAUCCACAAAAUUACUGUGAAAACAAAUGUCAUCAUUUUCAUAUAACGACCGCUUUUAUUUUUGCUAACCACUACUUGGAUACUAACCCCCCUGAGUCUUUAUUCAACACUCGAACUCGGUCCUUGCCAUUCUAAAUAUUUCCAACUGGUCCAUGUGAGCCUCCUACCGACCCCACGGUCCAUCCACGACUGACCGUGAGUAUUUCUGUGCAAACUUUGCUGUCAAGCAGUUGCCUUAAAUGCAUUUGUCCCUUGUACAUUCUAGGCCCUUUAUGAUAACAAUGUUUUAUUACCCUUUUCCCCAGGUGGUUGAAAUUGUGUAAUGUAUAUUUAAAUCUAUAUAUUUUCUUUUUAACUCACAGAGGACUUUUUUUUAUUGUAUCUGUUUUCCAACAAGAAUUGUCCCCCCGCUGCCCCCUUUACUUUCACGUAGACAAUUAAAUAAACUGGACAAAGUCAAACAAGACUUUGGCGUUAAUAGAUGA